AGCAUGGCGCAGAUCUGGGCUUCUGCUGUGGAGAGGGUGCUGACCCAUGCCCUGCUGUGCCUGCCCACGCUGCUGAGCCAGUCGGAUGUGGUGUUGUCACCGUCCUCCAGCACGCCAGCCAUCACAGACUUCCUGACCACCGCGCGCCAGGUCGUGGCCGCGCUCUGCGCUCUGGGAGGGUUCCGGGAGUGCGUCAAGCCGGGCACCAUGGUCCAGAUAGCAGGAGAGGGGAUGCAGGCGGUUUCAGCGCAGGUGGUCUCCAUCUCCGAGCAGCAGGGCGUGGCCACCGUCCGGUUUGAGAACGCCGACAAGAUGACGAUCUCCUCGGAAACGCUGCAGGUUCCCCUCAGUAGGAUACAGCCGCCAAAAGCCGAGCCGCUGCCCCUGGACCAGCUGUCCAUGACAGAGAAGGUGAUCGAGGCUCAGAAGGCGUUGCUGGCGCCCCAGGAUGGACAGUGCAUGCCGGCCGUACAGGCACCGCUUCCCACGGGCACGGACGGGAGCUCCGCACUCAUGGCAGCCGUCAGGGUCAUGGCCGAGAUCAGGACCAGGUCCUGUAUGGUGCUGGCCACACACAUGGGGGACCGGAGCUUUGCUGCCAGGUUCGUGGAAAACUCCUCAUCAGUCCUCAACAUCCUCCGCAUCAUGGCCGACGAGUUCACCGCAGGAGAGAGACUGCCGGCUGUGGAAGCUCAGUGUGAGAGACUGCGCAUGCUGUACCGGGACUGUGCGCGCCCCCCUCCCCCACCCUCUGAGGGACCUGGCAGACAGCCCAAGGAGAUCACCUGGUGCACAUCUCGAGUCUUCCCCCCGCCCCGAUCAUGCCUCUUCUCGCACGGGUUGUCGGGCGUCGCCUUCCUCGGCGACCCGAGUGCCGGGAGUGGGCUGCCCAGGGGAACGUUCCUGUACGCCUCAGCAUCUGUUCCCUCACAGGCCCCAUCCUUCUACUGGGAGAUCGAGGUCUGCUCCUUCGGUGAGACGGACGACGAGAGCGGACCAAUCAUCUCCUUCGGAUUCGCUCCGACAGCGGAGAAACGUGACGGAGCCUGGACCAACCCGGUGGGAACAGUUCUCUUCCACAAUAACGGCCGAGCCGUGCACUAUAACGGCUCCAGUCUGCUGCAGUCGAAUAACGGCCGAGCUGUGCACUAUAACGGCUCCAGCCUACUGCAGUGGAAGAGCGCCCGUCUGGACGUCACGUUGUCGGCGGGCGAUGUCGCGGGAAUCGGCUGGGAGCGCAUCGGAGAGGCGCCCUCCGUUCAGGGCGAGCAGGUCAAGGGUCGCGUGUACUUCACGUACAACGGGCAGCGGCUGCCUGCAGUUCUGGACGACGUGUCAGGGGGCAUGUGGCCCGUCAUUCACAUCCAGAAAAAGAACACCCGUAUCCGAGCGAACUUUGGGUCGCGCCCGUUUGCGUUUGCGGAGGGCCAGCACCACCGUAACGCGGCGGACAUGUCAGCUGACCAGACGGAGGAGAUCAGCGCGACCUUUGGCCUCCUCCCGUUCCACCUGGGCGAGGACAGCGACAGCGAAACGGCCGCUGCUGGCGCCUCGGGCGAGGAGGAGAGCCCGCCCCAGGGACCCCCCGUCAGGAUCGCCAUGGCACCUGAGGCACAGCCACAGUACAACAGCAGCACGGCAGUACAGUACAGACUACAGCUGAGCUAUGACAACUUCCUGACUUCAGGGCCCGACAUGAGAGCGCCACUGCUUGUACAGCAGGAGGAUGAGAGUGAUGAUGAUGAUGGGGAGGAGGACCUACAGCAGGAGGACCACUACGCGCUCCUGGUGAAGGCGUGGGAACAGAAGGUCUUCCCCACGAUUCGCCGCCGCUUCCGGAACGAAGCAGAACGCAAGUCUGGCCUGGAGCAGAUCAAGGGAGCCCUGCAGCUGGGAAUGGUGGACAUCGCCAGACAGACAGUGGAGUUUCUGUACGAGGAAAACGGAGGGAUGCCUCGAGACCUGCAUCUGCCGACUAUAGAGGACAUACGGGCAGAAGCAAUGAAGUUCACCAUCGAGCGUGUGCGGAAGGGCAUGACGGUUGUAAUACGACACCCCCAGACGGGGGGCGUGCUGACCACGGGCAGCACCGUGCUGCCCAAGUUCGCCGUGCGAGGAAUGCUGAAGACUUUUGGAUCCACGGGCGUCGUGCUCGAUGUGGAUUCGCACAACGAGCUAGUCCAGGUGGAGACUUACCUGAGGAGUGAGGGGGUCCUGGUCAGGUACUGGUACCCCAUCGACAUGCUGGAGAGGCCCCCGCAGGGCACCAGGAAGGCUUCCAUCACAGGCGUCGCCAACAUGGACACCUCCAACAUACAGAUCCACAGGUCAGGCACUAAACCUUACUAACAUGGACACCUCCAACACUACAGAUCCACAGGUCAGGCACUAAACCUUACUAACAUGGACACCUCCAACAUACAGAUCCACAGGUCAGGCACUAAACCUUACUAACAUGGACACCUCCAACAUACAGAUUCACAGGUCAGGCACUCAGCCUUACUAACAU